CUAGCUAUGGUAUCUAUUUAUUUAGCUUAUGGUAUUAUUUGUCAAAAAUUGGAAAAUGGCCGCGAAACAGACUUCAACAUUAGAAGAUGCACAGGCUUCUGAUAAUAUUCCUCUGACAUCCUUAGACGAAAGCCUCCUCAGUUUAGAAAAGCUUGAUCGUGCGUCACCUGAACUAUGGCCAGAGCAAAUUCCUGGGGUGUCAGAAUUUGCGGCGAUGCACAAUGCUAACCAAUCGCCUCCUUCAUGGAAUCGAGGAUUCACCAAAGAGGACAUAAAUUACAUGCAACAGUUAAGCUCUCUAUCCACAAGUGGGCUCAUAAUGGAAGUCAAGAAACUCCAUGAUCUUGCCUAUCAAUUAGGUCUUGAAGAAGCUAAAGAAAUGACUCGGGGGAAAUACCUUAAUAUUUUUACUUCUAGAAGACAGAAGCAAUAGUAUGUUUGUUAUUUUUCUACUUAGUCAUAACCUUAAUUGUAAUUAAUUGUUAUAUUCAUAACUCAGUGUUGAUAUUGAGUGAAAAUAUUUGAAAUUUUUCUAUAAAAUAAUAGUUUUAUACUGCAAUAUUGAUGCAUUGUUGUCUUUUAUAUUUACAUUGUUAUCUUACAUUUUCUUAGACAACAAUUUAAGUAUAUUAAUGAAUACUUGCUAACUUGCAAGACUUAAGAUUUGCUCUCGGGUUAGUUUUUAUCAAGUUCUUAUAGAAUUUCAUUUCAUAGUUUUAUGGUACCCUUAACAUGUUUAUAAUUG